AUGACUAAAGUCAAGGCAAGGAAGUCCAAGAGGGAGAAGAUGGACGAGUUCUUCUACGUGCCAGAGGUGAAGGCGAAGUGGGCCCGACGGCUCUCGAAGCCACAGCUUCUCACAGCAGAGAUGGAUGAGGAGUGGGCCGAGUUGCGGGACAAGGUCAUGGAGAAAGGCCAAUGGCAAAAGCACUCCCGUCGAAAGGUUGAAGCCAUGUUCCAGGAGGAGGAGUUCGGUGAAAACUGGGAUCGCCAACAGCGGACACUGCAGCCGAAGGGAUGCUGGUACUUUACAAGCAUUAGUUCGCAGCUCUUGUAUGUGGACUGUUGUGAUGACCCCACCGCUGCCUGUAGAUACUCCUGCCUCACUAAGGUUGCUGCUGCUGCUGCUGCUGGUGGUGGCAUGAUUGCUGUUGCUGUGGUUGCUGUUGCUGCGGUUGCUUGUGCUGUCGUUGCGGUUGCUGUGGUUGCGCUUGUUGUUGUGGUUGCGGUGCUCGCGGUCACGCUGGCUGCGGUUGCCGGAGAUUCAGAGCUCGACCCGCCCUCUGACGUGGAGAAGGGGAACAAGGUCAACUUGCCUCGGAAACAGGACCGUUCCGCCGGCCCUCCCCCGCCCGAUCCCGUAUGGAUUGUGGGUGACAAGGACACUUCAGGUUUGGAGAAAGCCCGGGAGCGGAUUUCCACCCUCCGCCACUUGGCAGCCAGUUGCGAAGGGCAGGAUGUGGAAAAGGUGCCAGAAAGUAUCGGGGCAAACCUUUCAUGCCCACUGGUCAGGGCCGUGGGUGGCGCGUGGACCAGGGUUCCUUGGCCCUUGGUGUUCUUCAUGUCACAGCUUUCAGUCACUAAGAUGGCGAGAAAUCUCUUCGACCACGUGGAUGAACUGUUUCAGCAGCGUGGCGAAUCCCCUCUUCAUGAGGACUCGGAGAGCGAGCGAAGCCACAGCUCUGCUUCGCUACAGAGGAGUGCGCUUGUGCUGCUGGUGCACAUGCUUGCUGUUACUGCCGGUCCUCGGAACAACCUCCCCACGUCCGCGUCCUGUCCUAUUGUAGACAAGCAUGAGGAGCCCUUCCGACAACAGCCAAGCGCGUGGUCUCAGCACCUGCGAGCAUCCGACGCGUCCAAGCCCGGCGCAUUACACGCUCGCGUGUCAAGGCUCGUGCGUGAUGACGUCUGGCAGCAACUUCCGGCCGCAGCCCCGGGAGUGCUGGAAGUGUCUGAGCCGUUCGCAUUUUCUGGGAAUUGGAGCUUGACCGGGGUCAUGCAGGAAAGCAGUCCGUGGGACCGAACUUGCUGGCUGCAGCCCGUACGCUUCAAGGGCCGCACGGGCACCGCCACCGGGCCUUCAUUCGGUCAUGGGCAGCCUCGAUUGCAGUUCCAUCGGCAUUUCUUCGACUUGUGCGAUCGUGCCAUGACGAACCUCAGCAGCAAUCGGAGGAGGUUCUUGCGACGUAGCAACCGAUGGAGAGCCGAUACUCAGAAGCACUUGAGGCUCGACAUGGCAUUGACAGCUGCGUUUGCGUUUCCAAGGCUUCGGAUCUCACCCGGAGUACGCGCAGUCCAAGACAGGGGAAAGCGUGCCCCAAGCAAAAGAAGCAGAGAGGCCAUCCCAGGAACCCAGGAGGCCCGGGUCACCCAUGUCGCUGGAUGCCGAGACAAGACACAACCGGGUGAUGGCAACCCGGAGAUCCUGGAGCAGGACAGCUUCCUGACUCAGGAGGGGCCGCCAUUGCGCUCCAGGGCUCAAUGA